AUGAAAGAUGCCCGCAACAAGAAACAAAAAAAGGAAUCCGAGAAGAAAGAUUAUAAAGAUGCAAGAUGUUCUGUUUGUAUGGAGUAUCCUCACAAUGCUGUUCUCCUCCUUUGCUCCUCACAUCACAAGGGGUGUCGCCCUUACAUGUGUGCAACUAGUUAUCGGUAUUCCAAUUGUUUAGACCAAUACAAAAAAGCCUACUCGAAAGAGAAGGAAGACCCAGACGGGUCUGACUCUGGGCUUAUGUGCCCGCUCUGCCGCGGUCAGGUGAAAGGGUGGACCGUGGUGGAGCGGGCACGCAAGUUUCUCAAUUCUAAAAAGAGAAGCUGCAUGCAAGACGACUGUUCGUUUGUUGGGUUGUACAGAGAUUUGAGAAAGCAUGUACGGGAGGAUCACCCGUUGGCCCGCCCGCGAGAUGUAGACCCGUCACUUGCUGAAAAAUGGAAAAAGCUUGAAAAUGAUACGGAGUUAAACGAUGUGAUGAGUACAAUUAGCUCGACAAUGCCCGGGUCGAUUAUAAUGGGGGAUUAUGUGAUUGAAGGGAAUUUUCGGGGGUUUUCUAGAGACAUGGAGAUGGAUAAUUAUCUUGACAAUGUACUUUUCCGGUUAGGAUCAAGGACUGCCCGGGGCAGCUAUGCGAUAUUGGAGAGGGGUCGUCGGUCAGUGGAUGAUGAUGAUGAUGAUGGCGGUGGUGCCGCCACUGGGCGUGUUCGUAAUUACAUUCCUCGGAUUGCCCGCCGCCAGGGAAGGUUGGUUUUAGGUGGGCCAAGGAGGCGACGCGGGCGUGGUGUAGAUAUGUAA